UCAGAGCACUUUUAAGUUUUAUCCAUCUCUUUCUCUACGGCUGCUGAAGUAACUGACCGGAAAACCGUCUCCGUUUACUGCACCGCUUAAGAUCUUAGAACUCAGAUCUGAUAUUCUCUUUCCGGUAGGUUCUUCUUUGUUGCGGUUUGGAUUCCUGAUCGUUCAGUUUCGUUGUUCCUUCGUCUAUAUGGAGGAAUGAGCUAAGCAGAUGUUAUUGGCAUUGGAAGGAGGGGGAUUCUUCUCUUCAUCAUCUUCUGGAUACAGAAAAGGUUUGUCAGUUCUUUUACUAGGCAGGAAGAGGAAGAACGAAGAGGAGAAGCUCAUGAGAGUUUCUCCGUGGAAUCAUAAUUACCAGUUGGUGGACGAUCGAGAAGCUGAAUCUGAUCUCCAACUGGCUUCUAAGAAGAACAGGAGGUUUGUCCGCGGCUGCACCUCCUUUGUUUGUUUUGGUCGCACUGCCGCAGGACUUGAGAGCCCUAAUUCUCUAAAAGUUGGUCCUACAAAACAGAAGGAGGACAUCGUUUCAGAACCACCUCCUGUACAAACUAAAGAUGUUGUUGUUGUUGUUGGUAGUGAAGAAGAAGAUGCUUUAACAAAGCCUUGUCUAAAAAGUAGCUUGAAGAGACCUGUUACUGGUGCUGGAACUGAUCAGCAUGAAGAAGCUUUGGACUUGAGGCAUAAUGAAAAGAGAAAAGUUCAAUGGACUGAUGCAUCUGGAGGAGAGCUUGCAGAGAUUCGCGAAUUCGAGCUUAGUGAUGCGGAUGGAUCGGAUGAUGAAUUUAACAAUGGGCGGGUUAGAAGCUGUUCUUGCACAAUAAUGUAAGUUAAUGCAUAGAUGUCCAGAAAUUAAGACAAAACGCACCCUCAAGUUAGCCGCCUUGAAGCUAGGUUUUGAUUUUCUCGAGAAUAUUUUUUACCAAAAGGUAAGUGGGAAGUGAAAAAAGGGUGGGUGGCCUUAGAAAUGUAGAAAUAAGGUAGUUGUCACACAAUGCACAUUUUAUUGUGGCCUGGUUUGAUCCAUUAAUUUUUUGUCUAUAUCAAUUUUGUCUUCAUUGAAAUUAUGUUGUUAUUGUCUAUUUAGGUUUAUUAUGUAUGCCUUACUUUUGUAUACUCUAGAAAUCAUAUAUUAGAUAACAAUAUAUAGAGUUUUAUGGGAAUAGGCCAACCAUGUAAUCUAAACUCUCUAUGAAAUGGGAGCUCAUUGAUUUUCUUUGUA